GAAAUACAUAUCAACACCUCUGAUUCCGAAUUCUCAAACGAAUCUCCAGAACCUGAGGAUGACAUCAUACGAUCAAGUAAGAGACAGAGAACUGAAAUUGUAGACUCCGAUGACUUUAGAGGACACUCAUGAAACUAAUUCCCCUCAAACUUCAAACCAAGGCAACCAGCGUGUUCUUCAAGUAACUCCCAGAUUCCUUUCUGGUAAUAACAAACAUAAAUGGUCGUCUCUACCUAGAUCAGUUACUACUCGUACUCUGAGAGGGAACAUCGUACAUUUUAUACCAGGUCCAAGAGGAGAAGCUAGGGAAUUACAGAAACCAAUAGAUUUACGACGCGAUUUUGUCAUAAAGAUGGGAGACCAACUUAUGGACCCUUGGCUAAGGGGACGAUUACAAACGGUGACUUUGACGCAUGACAUCAAGGUCAUGAUAAAAGAUAUUCUUGGUGAGUCAUCAGAUCCUGAAUAUCCUGUUCAUUCUGUGACCAAUGUGCGUAAAAUAUAUUACUUAUGUCCAUUAAAGGCUCGUAGGAUGACAAAACAUCGAUGCAUUAAAUGCAAAAUGCCAUUUUUGGAUCGCACAAUAUUGACGUGUAUAGUAGCUGUGCAAAAUAAUUAUUUAUCGUUAAAUGUCUUUCACAUCAGUUGCUAUUAAACCAAAGUUAAGUGUUAUGUAACCAGUUCCUAUUUUUAAUAAAUACUUUAGAUAAUUUUCAUGUUUUUUAUUGCGUAGUCUGCC